AUGAAUGUUGGUAGAGCUGCUCUAUUUUCUAUUCGGAGUGGUUUAGGUGGUCUUAAAUUUGUUGAAACACUAAAUCUAUUAGAUUUAUCUGGAGCAGCUGUUGGCACAUAUAGACAUAGUCGGUGGUUUUUUGCGAAACUUCGAGCAUCAAUGGCAAGAACUAUGAAAGAACGAGUUAUAGAAUAUUUACAAACAACUGACCCUAUCACGCAACGUCGUCGAGCUUUUGCAAUAACAUUUGAUAAAGUAACGAUAUUAAGAAGAUCAAUGCAAGUAACAAUGAUGAUAGUAAUGGUAGAUGGUCAAUGGACACCUAUUUAUCUUCAAUCACCAUUAUGUAAAACAGAACUGUCUGGUGAGGAAUUAUCUGAUAACUGUGUUCGUGUAAUGGAAUCAUUCAGCUUGUCACAAUCAAUAUUAAAACAACAAUUAGUUGGUUGUGCUGUUGAUGGUGCAUAUAUUCAUUUGAGUAUUGGUAAACAUUUAUGUCAAAAGAUUGGUAUAAGAGAAGAAUGGUUAUCAAUAUCAUGGGAUAGUGCUCAUUUACUUGAGCUAGCUAUUCAUGAUGUUAAAAAACAAAGAAAAUUUUUAUGA